CCUGUUUUUGGAGGUUAAGAAAAAAAUCGCAAUCAGAUCCCAUCACUCUCAAAAUCACAAAAAAUGGAGUCGAAAGAAUCAAGUAGAGAAGAGGUAUCAUCAGCACAAGCAGUAUUAGUGGGAGCUUUGGCUCCAGGAGUCAACGCUCCUACUUGGAAUACGCUAAAGAUGUCAUUUUUUAUGCUGGGUUUGUGUCUUGCUGUUAUGUUGGGCUUGGCUUUUUCCUCAAGUGACUUGUCUUUGACUCUCCAUGUUGCGUUCCUCUUUUUAAUAACUGGAACCCUCUUCGUACUUCUUAGCAGGUUUCUAGCAGAGACUGGGUUUGUUUCUGUUGAACAUCAAAUGGAGGAAAUAGGCUUAGCACCCAGAGAUGAAGAUAAAAGCAAGAAAACCAGUUGAUGCUUUUAUAAUCAGAUUUUAUCAUUACAUGUCAUGACGUUUCCAAGAGUAUUACAUUUUGCACGGUACUAUCAUGAUGAUUGAAAGCUCGACCUUGACCUUCUUGUUAGAGAAAAAAAAGAAUGGGCGACGUAAAUCCUGUGCUCAAUAUAUGCUAUCCUCCAACCAAGGUCCUGUAAAAUGCUCCUGAACUGAACAGCUCUUUCAAUUUUCCUUCGGUUCCUUCUCCUUCGACUUUCCUUUUUUCUGCUUGAUGAAGCAGAAACACAAACAGCAAGGAAGCUGCAACAGGAAUUUCAUUUUUCUCUUCUUUAGUCACCACAAAUGUUACUGAAAAUCAUUAUGUAUAUAUGAGGGCUUCCUGCCCUUGAUCUGUAUUCUCUCUUUUAUUUAUUUUUUUCUCCUGUGAUUCUA